AUGAAAGUACCAUCGUCGCUUGCUAUUGCUACCGCACUCGCCUCCUCGUCCGUGGCGGCGCUGGACGCCAAGUUCUACGGCAUCAACUACGACUUCCGUACCUCGCAGUGGGGUGGGUGCAAGGAUUUCCACACGAUCGCCGAGGACUUCAAUAUCCUCAAGGAAGUCACCAACAACGUCCGCAUCUACGGGACGGACUUUGAAUGCGCCAAGAACGUGAUCGAAGCCGCCCACAACAGCGGGCUCAAGGUCUGGCUCGGCCUAUGGAGCGAGGUCAACUCCACCACCAAGAUCGACUCAUUCCCGUCGCAAAAUAACGCCUUGAAGGAGCUCGUGAAUCGUACCAAAUUGAUCAAUAACGACGACAUCCUCGGCAUCCAAGUGUCGAGCGAAGCCUUGUACCGGUACUACGUGCUAGGGCCGGGCAAAACGACUGGCAGCAACGACCGCCACGGCAUCGACACCGUCCUCGGCCACCUCAAAACAGUGCGAAGCCACCUCCGCGACCACAACUUAACGUUCCCCGUCGUGAUCUCCGACAUCAUGGACAUGUACUCGAAGUUCCCCGAGUUGUACGACGAGGUUGACGUGGCCGCUGUGAACCAGUUUUCGUUCUGGGAGAACAAGACGGCGGAAGAAGGCGCGCACUUUACCACAGCGGGUGAGAACCCCGUCGUCAAGGAGGCGUCUCCCUGGGCCCAAGGCGUGUUCACGCAGGACUUUCUCACCCUGGUGGCGCGCCAGAACCUCAAUGCGUUCUACUUUGCCGCGUUCGAUUUGCCAUUCAAUCCGACCGACAUUGAACGCAACUUUGGCAUUCACUACGCUGACCGCGCGUUAAAGCGAUGGGUGGAGGAAGUCCACGUCAGCGCGCCGCUCGAAGCGGUCCGCCUCUGGGCCGGAGACAACGUGAUCAAGGCGCACCGCUACUGCAACGCCGACGACGACUCGGUCAACAAGAACUUUCGGCGCGUGUAUGCUGCGAAGCCGUCCGUCGGUCGAUCGGGCGUCUGGGACGACGAGAUCUGGUUGCGGGACCCAGAUUCCAACAUCUUGUACUCCAAGAGCUCGAAUCUGUGCUUGGAAUCUUCUAGCGAGAACGACACGCAGACCUGCGCACGUCCCCCUGCUCCAACGUGA